AUGAAAAUCAUUCACGGCUAUAUUGCUAAAUUGUUUCGACGAUUUAUAACGGAAAUUUUCUUUCUUCUUGUCCUUCUUCUUUCUUUCUUUCUUUCUUUCUUAAUAUUCCACCAUUUAUUUUUCUAUUCGUAUCUAUCUAUCUACCUAUCUAUCUAUCUAUCUAUUAAUAAGAAAGCACAUUCUGUUCCUCCAUUACAACCACCAUUUUUUUCCGUGCUGCCAGUGAAAAAUGAGUCAGACAUUGAAUAUCCGAGGGAAGCCAUCUUUCUUCCUUGUUUUCGCUUUCUUCGAGCAACGAUCCCCCACCCCUUCAACCCAGACCGAUCCUGUUCCUGCCACUGCAGACUCCAUACGUUUCCUGUCUCUUGCUACUUCUUCGCAAACAACCAACCCCUUACCCUUCCUUUUCUUCUUUCCUAUUUUUCGCCAAGGCUUUACCUUCCCCAUUCCCCUGUGAUAUCCUUCUACUCAACUCCUGCCUCCCUCCCACUACCAUUUCUUUAUCCUUAUUGUCUGUGUCUAUCAGAUUUUCCUUUCUUCACUCCUCCUCCCAACUCUAUUGGACUCUCGUUUACAACAUUGUUGCAAACGGUUCUCACCAUUCUUUCUUUCUUGUUCAUUUCUUUCGUUUUUAUUUCCCUACUCUUUCUUUCUUUCUUUCACCCUUUUUUCUUUUUUAUUUCCUCACCUUUUCUUUUUCUUUCUUUCUUUCUUUCUUUCUUUCUUUCUUUCUUUCUUUCUUUCUUUCUUUCUUUCUUUCACCCUGUUCUCUUUUCAUUUCCCUUCCUUUCUUUCUUUCUUUCUUUCUUUCUUUCUUUCUUUCUUUCUUUCUUUUCUCCCAACCUUUCUUUCUUUCUUUCUUUCUUUCUUUCUUUCUUUCUUUCUUUCUUUCUUUCUUUCUUUCACCCUGUUUUCUUUUUUAUUUCCCCACCUUUUCUUUCUUUCUUUCUUUCUUUCUUUCUUUCUUUCUUUCUUUCUUUCUUUCUUUCUUUCUUUCUUUCACCCUGUUCUUUCUUUCUUUUCUUUCUUUCUUUCUUUUCUUUCUUUCUUUCUUUCUUUUUCACCCUGUUUUUUAUUUCCCCUUUUCUUUUCUUUCUUUCUUUCUUUCUUUCUUUCUUUCUUUCACCCUGUUCUUUCUUUCUUUCUUUCUUUCUUUUCUUUUUCUUUCUUUCUUUCUUUCUUUCUUUCACUAUGUUCUUUCUUUCUUUCACCCUGUUUCUUUUCAUUUCCCAUUCUUUCUUUCUUUCUUUCUUUCUUUUUUUUCUUUUUUCUUUCUUUCUUUUCUUUUUUUCACCUGUUUCUUUUCAUUUCCAUUCUUUCUUUUCUUUCUUUCUUUCUUUCUUUUCUUUCUUUCUUUCUUUCUUUUUUCAUCCUGUUCUCUUUUCAUUUCCGUUCUUUCUUUCUUUCUUUCUUUCUUUCUUUCUUUCUUUCUUUCUUUCUUUCUUUCUUUCACCCUGUUUCUUUUCAUUUCCCGUUCUUUCUUUCUUUCUUUCUUUCUUUCUUUCUUUCUUUCUUUCUUUCUUUUCACCCUGUUUUCUUUUUUCUUUCUUUCUUUCUUUCUUUUCACCCUGUUUUCUUUCUUUUUUUUCUUUCUUUCUUUCUUUCUUUCUUUCUUUCUUUCUUUCUUUCACCCUGUUCUUUCUUUCUUUCACCCUGUUCUUUCUUUCUUUCUUUCUUUCUUUCUUUCUUUCUUUCUUUCUUUCUUUCUUUCACCCUGUUCUUUCUUUCUUUCUUUCUUUCUUUCUUUCUUUCUUUCACCCUGCUCUCUUUUCAUUUCCCGUUCUUUCUUUCUUUCUUUUCUUUCCUUUCUUUCUUUCUUUCUUUCUUUCUUUCUUUCGUUCUUUCUUUCUAUCUUUCUUUUUCUUUCUUUUUCUUUCUUUGUUCUUGUUUUCUUUUCUUCUUUCUUUAUUCUUCUUGUUUUCUUUUAGUUUCUUUCUUUCACCCCUCACUUCGGAAUUUUAUAAGGAUGUUGACUUCUUCUUCUUCUUCUUCUUCUUCUUCUUCUUCUUCUUCUUCUUCUUCUUCUCUUUUAGCUCCCUCUUUUUGUCACUCUCCUUCUUUGCUUCAUCUUGUCUUGUAGUCAUUUCUCUUUCUUUAAUUUCUCGUUUGCUUCUUUUUUUUCUUUUUAAAAUUCUUUUUUUUUUCGUUGACCUAUUUUCAUUUCCCUUUCAUUCCUUAUGUCUUUUGCAUUUCCUUCUUUCGGGCUACGAUCUAUCUAUCUAUCUAUCUAUCUAUCUAUCUAUCUAUCUAUCUAUCUAUCUAUCUAUCUCGCCUGACGAUCUAGCCAUCUCGCCUGACGAUCUAUCUAUCUAUCUAUCUAUCUAUCUAUCUAUCUAUCUAUCUAUCUAUCUAUCUGAAGAUCUAUCGAUCUAUCUCGCCUGGGUAUCUAUCUAUCUAUCUAUCUAUCUAUCUAUCUAUCUAUCUAUCUAUCUAUCCUGA